AUGGCACCAAAGACACCUGCUGAUAGAUUGGGUACAGCCGGCAAUACGCUAGAAAUACCUAGAUAUGACGAGUAUGAUGAUGACCAGUCCUCGGUAAAUUCAACGUCUCCACUACAACAACAUGAGGGAGAAGAGCUGGAGGACCGGCAUCAACAUCAACAUCAACAUCAACAGGAGGAAGAAGAUGAUGAUGUGCAUAUCAAACAGAAGCAUGAUUUAACCUACGAAACUAACUAUAAUCUUGAUAAUGCUACCGACGAUGCCCCGCCCUUACUACCCACAACAAAACUCCCGCAUCAUCCUCCAAGAAAAACAACUACAAGCCACUCCUUAACCACUAAACUAACACAUGCUAUUUCAGCAACAACUUCUCAUCACAACAAAUUUCUAGCAGAUUGUAAAAUAACACCUCAAGAAUUAAUACCUUUGCAUGAUCCGAAAUCUUUGAAAUAUUUAUAUGACCUAGGAGGAUUUGACACUUUGUUGGCCUUGCUAGGUACUUCAAAAAGAGGUUUAAAUGACAAUGAUGAGCAAGACCAAGAAUUUCGAAGAACUGUUUAUGGUGUUAACAAAUUGCCUCAGCGACAACUGAAGAGUUUUUUCCAACUAUGCUGGGAGGCAAUGAAGGAUAAAGUAUUGAUUAUUUUAUCUAUUGCAGCUGUGGUGUCAUUAGCUUUGGGUCUUUAUGAAACGUUUGGAAGUGGUGACCAUUAUGACGAUGAAGGAAAACCCCUACCAAAAGUGGAGUGGGUAGAAGGUGUGGCCAUUUUGGUAGCUGUUUGCAUCGUUGUAGUUGUAGGCGCUGCUAACGAUUAUCAAAAAGAACGACAAUUUGCUAAAUUGAAUGCUAAAAAGGAAGAUCGAGAAUUGAUUGUUAUUCGUAAUGGAGAACAAAAAUUGAUUUCCAUUUAUGAUUUAUUAGCUGGUGAUGUUAUAAAUUUGCAAACUGGUGACGUUGUACCUGCAGAUUCUAUUCUUUUCCAAGGAGAAGUUGAAUGCGAUGAAAGUGCGUUAACUGGUGAAUCCGCAACUAUUAGAAAAGUACCCGUUGGCGAAGCAAUGGAAAUUUACAAAAAAAACUUGCCAACAACUGAAGAUAUUGGAAGUCAUUUAGUGAAAUUCCGUGAUCCUUAUUUAAUCUCAGGCUCAAAAAUAUUGUCAGGUUUGGGAAAUGCCGUGGUAACUGCUGUGGGUAAAAAUUCAAUCCAUGGGAGAACCAUGUUGAGUUUGCACGUUGAAGCAGAAACUACUCCAAUGCAAGAAAGAUUGAAUAAUUUGGCUGAAGGUAUCUCCAAAUAUGGUUUUUUAGCUGCAAUUAUUUUGUUCAUUGUUUUGUUCAUUCGAUUCUGUGUUGAUAUUUCUCCGGGUGGUGUUUUCCAUGACUUGAGUCCAACUGAUAAGGGUAAAAAAUUUAUUGAUAUCAUUAUUACCGCGGUGACUAUUGUUGUUGUUGCUAUUCCUGAAGGUUUGCCUUUGGCAGUCACUUUGGCUUUGGCUUUUGCUACAACAAGAAUGGCCCAAAAUGGUAAUUUAGUUCGUGUUUUGAGAAGUUGUGAAAUUAUGGGAGGAGCAACUGCAGUUUGCUCGGAUAAAACAGGUACCUUGACUGAAAAUAAGAUGAGAGUCGUACGGGGUUUCUUUGGAUUGAAUAGUUCUAAUCAAUUGUUGGAAUUCGAUGAUACUGCAAUGAAUCAUCAAUAUGAACCUACCGCGACAGAAGCAAGUAAAGAGAUUACUCCUGAAAUGAAGCAUUCUUUUAUAACGAAUAUAACUUUAAAUUCAACAGCUUUUGAAAAUAGUGAUUAUGAUGAAGCAAAACAUAAACAAGCAAAACAAAGACCCAAGAAGAAGUCAUUCAUACAACAUUUUUUGUUUGGGAAUUCACAACAACAACAACGACAAAUGGACUUUGAAAUGGGGGUUGAUGAUGAACCAUUUUUGGGUAACAAGACCGAAUCGGCACUUUUGCUUCUUGGGAAAGAAAUAUUUCAUUUGUUUGAUAACAAAUCAUUGGAACAAAUUAGGAGAGAAGAAGUAUCAAAAAUUGUUCAAGUGAUCCCAUUUGAAAGUUCUAGAAAAUGGUCUGGUAUCGUUGUUAAGAUUGAAAAUGGGUUUCGAGUUUAUAUUAAGGGUGCCGCAGAAAUUGUAUUUAAAAACUGUGGCUAUGAAGAAAAUACUCAUGGACAUUUGAUCCGAUUAGAUAGAGUAAAACGGGAUGAAGUUUUAUCGAAAAUCGACGCAUAUGCAAAUGAUGCUCUUCGAGCUAUUGCUUUGGGGCACCGUGAUUAUAUUACAGAUUCAUGGCCUCCUUCUGAGUUGACAGAUGAGAAGAACAAACAUGAAGCUGAUCCACUGGCUUUGGUCAAUGUUGGUGCAAGCACGACUGAAAUUGAUAAACAGUUUGUUUUGGAUGCAUUAGUUGGUAUUCAAGAUCCCCUUAAACCUGGUGUUGCACACGCUGUUGCACAAUGUAAGCAAGCCGGUGUAACAGUAAGGAUGGUUACUGGAGAUAACUUGAACACGGCAAAGGCCAUUUCAAAAGAAUGUGGGAUUCUUACUCCUGAUGAUUUAUCUUUUGAACAUGCAUUUAUGGAGGGUCCACAGUUUCGGAAAUUGAGUCCUGAAGAAAGACUUCGAAUUGUUCCUGAAUUAAAAGUUCUUGCUAGAUCGUCACCUGAGGAUAAACGUAUACUUGUUGAUACCUUGAAAAAAUCAGGUGAAGUGGUUGCAGUUACUGGUGAUGGUACAAAUGACGCACCAGCUUUGAAAUUGGCAGAUGUUGGUUUUUCAAUGGGUAUUGCUGGUACAGAAGUUGCAAGAGAAGCUUCGGAUAUCAUUCUUAUGACUGAUGAUUUUGCUGAUAUUGUACAAGCUAUCAAAUGGGGGAGAACAGUUGCUACAUCGAUUAAGAAAUUUAUUCAAUUUCAACUCACGGUCAAUAUUACUGCUUGUGUACUUACAUUUGUUUCUGCUGUUGCAUCAUCACAAAAUCAAUCGGUUUUAACUGCAGUUCAAUUGUUGUGGGUUAAUUUGAUCAUGGAUACAUUGGCUGCAUUAGCCUUGGCAACUGAUAAACCAGAUGAUUCUUUCCUUAACCAAAAACCCGCAGGCAGAACAGCACCAUUAAUCUCAACAUCAAUGUGGAAAAUGAUACUUGGGCAAUCAAUUACUCAAUUGACGAUUACAUUUAUUUUACAUUUUGCAGGAAAAGAAUUAUUCUUUCCGGGACAGUCGCAUAUCAGUAACCAUCAAAAGAAGCAAUUGGAUGCAAUGACUUUUAAUACUUUUGUUUGGUUACAAUUUUGGAAAUUAUUUGUUACUAGAAAACUAGACGAAGCAAGUGAUGUUACUACAAUCCGAGGUAGAUUUACUUGGGAGAAUUUGAAUUUUUUCCAACACUUGUUUCGCAAUUGGUAUUUUAUUAUUAUUGCUGCUAUAAUUGGUGGAUUCCAAGUAUUGAUUAUGUUUGUUGGAGGCGCUGCAUUUAGUGUAGCUAAACAAACACCAGGAAUGUGGGCUACUGCUUUGUUAUGUGGAUUCAUUAGUAUUCCAAUGGGUUUGGUCAUCAGACUCAUUCCAAAUAUAUGGGUAGAGAAAAUUUUCCCUACAAGGGCAUUUAAGAAGUUAAUUUAUAUUGUUGGAUUUGGAUGGAUCAAAAGACAUAAGAAGAAAGAUGUAGAGAAGGGUAAAGAUGGUGAUGGUAGUGGUGGUGGUAAUAAUAAUUCGACUACUGUUACGCCUACAACUAGCACCACCGUUACUGAACAGCGUGAGUUAGAUAUGGAUGAUUUUGGUCUCGGUGAUUUUCGACAUUAUCAGGAAUCACCCGAUGUUGAACGAUAUAGAAGGAAUCAGAUUAAUACCUCCGAGCAUAUUGAUGUUAAUUCCCUCCUACUUUCGCAAACUCAAACAAAAAAGAGUACUUUGGAGAGCCUUGUGCGGCUUAAAGAGCCUGUGAUUUUCAUUUCCAAGCUUACUGAUCCAUACAUUAAUUUAGCUAUAGAAGAUUAUAUUUUUGACAAUAUGCCCAAGGUUGAUACAAAUAUUGCAUCAAACAGUUUCAAUUCACAUAGGUUGCUUUUCUACACCAAUUCACCUUGUGUUGUGAUUGGCAAGAAUCAAAAUCCUUGGAAGGAAGUGAAUCUUCCAUUAUUGAACCUGUUGGGGAUCCCAUUGAUACGAAGAAGGUCAGGUGGUGGAACUGUUGUUCAUGAUUUGGGAAAUACGAAUUAUUCAUUCAUGACUACGAAAAAUGAGUUUGACCGAUUCAAGUUUGUUCAUUUGAUUACUCAAUACGUGAACUCAAAUGGAGGCAAAUGUAAAAUACAAGUUAAUCAAAGGGGAGACAUUGUUACAAUAAUUGAUGGCGACGAGUAUAAGAUAAGUGGGUCAGCUUACAAGAUAUCUAGAGGAAAGUCAUAUCAUCAUGGAACAAUGCUUUUGAAUCUGGAUUUGACGAGACUAAAGAGAUUAUUGCAAAGAGAUGCUAAAACUUUAGGCGUUGUUGAAUCUAAAAGUUCAGUUGAUUCAGUCAAGUCUAAAGUGGCCAAUUUAGGUAUAUCCAAUAAUGAUUUUAUUGAAAUAGUGAACCAUGGAUUUAAACAAGUUUAUGGUGGUAAGCAACAAGAGAGUAUGGUUGUGCAAGAUUCCGAGAAUAAAGAAUUUAACGAAAUGAUGGGAUUGACUGAUUUUGUAGUGGGACAAUGUAAUGAUUUUUCAUUGAUUGAAAUUAAUGAGGAAAAUUUAGAAUUACCUCAACAAGUUUAUUCAAUUGCUGAUAAAUUGAAAUCAUGGAGUUGGAAGUAUGGACAUACCCCUCCUUUUACUCAUACUUUAAAUCACGAGGAGCUUACUUUUUCGAUAAAAUUCUUUGUCGAAAAGGGUAAGAUAGUUAAUGUGGAGUGGAAUAAUAAAAAAGGAGAUCCAUCAUUAGAUCGACUCAUGCAAAACGUUAAACAAAAUUUGAUUUCGAUUCUUUACACUGGGGAAGAAGUUAAACGUUCUUUCGCGGGAAGCGAUAUAGGUGACAAGAUAGGUACUUGGUUGUGCCAAGUAAUUGACUACAAUGAACUUACAUCAAUUGUAGAUCCCUUUUCAGGUUCAAAUCACCACUCACAAUCACCGCUGCCACCAUCACCACGUAUGAAAAAACUCUUUAUCUUCUUGGUGUUGAUCACCAACUGCUUCGCUGCCACUUUGUCUCCAACAAAACCUUCUCAAGACGACUUCUAUAAUGCUCCUAGUAAUUUCGAGUCAAAACCAGUGGGUACAAUAUUGAAAUGGAGAAACGUUCCAAACCCAUUGACAAGUAUCUUUACCAAAGUAAACGUUCAAAAUGCAUGGCAACUCCUUGUUAGAUCGGAAGAUACUUUUGGAAAUCCCAAUGCAAUCGUCACCACUGUUAUUCAGCCAUACAACGCCGAUAAUAAAAAACUUGUUUCUUAUCAAACUUUUGAAGAUUCUGCAAAACUUGAUUGUUCUCCAUCCUAUGCAAUCCAAUACGGCUCAGAUAUAACCACAAUACUUACGCAAUUUGAAAUGUACUAUAUAUCUGCAUUAUUGGACCAAGGCUAUUAUGUUGUAACCCCGGAUUACGAAGGUCCCAAAAGCGCGUUUACUGUGGGUGUACAGGCAGGAAGAGCCACUUUAAACUCGCUUCGUGCUGCAUUGAAUUCACACAAUAUUACUGGUCUUGACCCCAAUGCUAAAUCAGUGAUGUGGGGAUACUCAGGUGGUUCUAUAGCUUCAGGAUGGGCUGCAGUACUUCAGCCACAGUAUGCGCCAGAUUUGAGCGAUACUUUACUCGGUGCAGCUUUGGGAGGCUUAGUCACCAACAUUUCUGCCACUGCGCAUGCUAUUGAUGGUGGCCCGUUUGCUGGAAUUAUCGGAGCUGCAUUUGGGGGGUUAUCGAACGAGUACACAAUGCUUGCACCUAUGGUUUUGGAAGAAGUGGAUCCCCUGCUAUCAGAAGCUUAUUUUAACAAUGUCAAUUAUUGUUUGAUUGACUCUGUUAUUGCAUACUUUGGUGACAAUUUUUUCGGUGAUGAUCCCAAAUACUUUCCUAAUGGCUGGACUUUACUUGAAACAGAACCAGGAAAAUCCGUGCUCGAGGCCAAUGGAUUGGUUUAUAAUUCAAACGAAUUGGUUCCGUCGAUUCCGCUUUUCAUUUAUCAUGGACUCCUUGAUGGUAUUAUACCCAUUGAGGAUUCGAAAAAGACGUUUGAUCAAUGGUGCAAAGCCGGUCUUAAAUCUGGCGAGUUUAGCGAGGAUAUAAGUAAUGGGCAUAUCACAGAGGCCGUUGUUGGGGCACCAGCAGCUCUUACUUGGAUUACCAAAAGGCUUAAUGGUGAGGCUCCAGUUUCAGGAUGUGUUUACGAAUCGCGUCUCUCUAAUUUCUUAUACCCCGAUAUUCUCCCUUCGGUACUGGACAUUUUUUCAUCUGCCUUGAGGGCCAUCUCGGGAUUAGGAUUAGGUGAAGGUUUGUCGAGUGAUGAUAUCUCGUUAAUGGAUUUGUUGAAAAUCAGUGUUUCAAAUAUGUUUUCUUGA